ACACACGCAGAGCGCCAUUUGCUUCGAACGCACGUGUGUUCUGCGUGUCAUGAGUUGGAGUCGCAGUGUUUAUUACGAAGUGCUAUAAUAUAAAUCGUUUAAUGUAAUUUAUCGUCAUUAUGCCGAAGCUGAAGAAAAGUAAGAGCGGAGCGGAGCGCUGUGGUUCCGCGCUCGGACUCGCUGAUCAGAUCCUGCAGGGAGACUCGGUUCGGGUGAGCGGUCGCGUGAAGAGCCGGAGCCGAACUCUCGAGGAGGACCAGGAGUACGUGGACGAGAAACUCUCGAGAAAAAUCCUCCAACAGGCCCGAAUCCAACAGGAGGAACUGCAGACUGAGUUUGGGGUCACACCUGAAGCCAAAAGACAACCGGCGACACAACUAACGUUAGGGCGUAACCUGUCCUGGAGUGUGGCGAAACAGCGUAGAGCCUUAGAUCAGGCCACCAACCGUGCAGGGAGCGAGCGGGAGACGGUACGGAGAACCACAAAGAGACGCAGAGGAAGACAAGGAGACGAUGUUCUGUCUAAAUAUCGCAGCGGGAAACUGCCCAAAGCGUUUAAGAUCAUCCCGGCUCUGUCAAACUGGGAGCAGAUCCUGUAUCUGACCGAGCCUGAGACGUGGACCGCCGCUGCCAUGUAUCAAGCCACCAGGAUUUUCACCUCCAAUCUAAAGGAACGCAUGGCCCAGCGGUUCUACAAUCUCGUGCUGUUGCCCAGAGUUCGAGACGACAUCGCCGAGUACAAACGGCUGAACUUUCACCUGUACAGCGCGCUGAAGAAAGCUCUGUUCAAACCCGGAGCCUGGUUUAAAGGAAUUCUGCUGCCGCUGUGCGAGUCGGGCACGUGCACGCUAAGAGAAGCGAUCAUCAUCGGCAGCGUCCUCACCAAAUGCUCCAUACCAGUGCUGUACUCCAGUGCCGCGAUGCUUAAACUGGCAGAGACGGAAUACAACGGCGCCAACAGCACCUUCCUGCGCCUGUUACUGGAGAAGAAGUACGCUCUUCCCUUCCGCGUGCUGGACGCUCUGGUGGCUCACUUCCUGUCGUUCCGUACGGAGAAACGGACUCUGCCGGUGCUGUGGCAUCAGAGCCUGCUGACGCUGGUGCAGCGAUAUAAAGCCGAUCUGUCGUGUGAACAGAAGGAGGCUUUACUGGAACUGCUGAAGAUUCAAACACACCCGCAGAUUACUGCUGAGAUCAGACGAGAACUUCAGAGCGCUGAACCCAGAGACGUGGAGGACGUCACGCCAGCCAUGAGCGAUGACUGAGACACUAUCACACAUCUCAUCUGAGCUGCUUUAUCUCAUCGACCAUAACAUGAUAGAAUGUGUGUUGUUAGGUUUGCUGUCGGCGUAUCUUUGUAUUGCUGGUUAUUAAAAUCAUAUUGUAUGAACA